CAAUAGAUUCAGUACUUAUAAUACCGGGUACCGGAUAAUAGUUUUAACAUGUAAACUGCUGUAAUGUUUAUAUUUUCAAAGCUUCAGCUUUUCUUUCAAAUCUAUAUUAUUUUUCGUUUUGGAUCAUCGUUUUAUAAGCCUUGAGAAUGAUACAUUUUGCUGUUGUGAGCCGUAGUACAGAUGGGCUGACGCUGGUAGCAAACUCAGACAGCCCGCUCAUGUCAAUGCAUCUAGGACUUGAGGAGGCUUAUAGAAAACUUAAGAUGCUGUCUCGUUUGUCUGCCAAGUUCCCUGAUAGAUGGACCUUGCAUAGCAGUACCUAUGCUAUACAUUCCAUCACGGCUCUUGACCUAUCACUGCUUGUUCUGUGUGACGUGACCUAUCCCCAGGUGCUAGCCUUCUCCUUCUUGUUUGACCUUCAGCGCGAGUUUCUCGUUUUCUAUGAUAAACAGCGUGUCAUGAGUGUGCAACGACCUUAUGCAUUGAUUGACUUUGACAUUCUCCUACAGAAGUUAAAACAGCGAUACAACAAUCCACGGCACUUAAGUACAUGUGUGAAUCUGCAGGAUCUAAGUGAGGAGCUGCGGUUGCGACCCCCCUAUAUGAUCGGUGAGGAGGAAUUGAGGCCCGGAUUUGGACAGAGGAAAGCCGGGGAUAACAUUAAGUGUACAGUUGCCAUGCCAUACACCCGUUACCUUCCCCUGCAUGUUUUAGGAGUUCUCUCCCUUUCUCUGUGUUGUUUCUGCGCCCUGCUGAACUUCUCACGAGGCGUCCACAUCAUAAAUGAUACUCAUGCACACAUGGACACAACAUUUGAUAUUGACCACUACCAGACUGGUUUCACCUUCAUUGUUAGUUGUUUCCUGUCCCUCUACCAGGCAUAUCUGAUCUGCUAUCCCCAUAAGAGACGAGCGGCGCUGGCAUGUGCGACCCUCAGCAGUAUAUGUGUCUGCCAACUCUACCUUUAUGAGCAGAGGAGUGUACUUGGACUAGGCUUCCACAUUAUGGUUGCAUGCUACGGGACAUUUGUGAUAGUUACGCGGAAAAUGCAAUCCAAGUUGCCACAAAGGGUGCACAUGCUGGUCUCCAUAUGGGUAGAAGGGAAAAAGAUGGUAACAUGCAUGGAUAACAGAAGUCACCAUGGGGGUACGAGGGAGUAGGAGUGUUUGAUUCCAUAAAUCAAACGCUCCGAUAUCUACAUUCGAUUAUGUUGAAUAUAGAGAUAUUGAAGAACACUGUUUGUUGUUUGAACUAUCAAACUGCUACAUAUGGUAACCUGGGCAUAUAGGAAUUGCAAAUGUAUUCUCAUCUUAAAACCUGGAAUGACCUAGAAAGCAACAAUGGUCUCAUUGAUCUCAAUGAUCGCACAGUUUCCAUGCUAAAAACAUCACGCGAUAGCCCACGUGGGAAUAACAAACGCACGCAUGACAGGCACGUACUAAAGUGCUGACGAGUUACCUGACGAUAUAGAAAUAAAAGAGAGUUGCUGACCAUAUAGACAAAUGAUGGAUAAAAAGUUUUGAAAUGAAAGAUUUUAUGCUUACUUUAUUAUAUAUAUAUAUAUUUACACUUUUUAUAGUGUACGUAUAGACGGAUGUUUGUGCAUUUAUUUUUGAAAAUGGAAUUUUAUUGAAAUGAAUCGAUUUCUAUUUUUGCUGGUUUGGUGUAAAUAUGAGAAAAUAUCGAGGAUUUAAUAACUUUUUUAGGUGUUUCAUCUACAAUUGUUUGAAAUCAAUUAUUUAGAUUUUCAUCAUUUUAAUUAAGAAACUAUUUCUCUUUAAUCUGUUGUAUUUUCGAAGUUGUUUUGUGAAUAACAAGCCAAACAUAUGCAAACUCUUUCUUAUGAGUAAAGUUUGAUUAGUAUAUAUAUACUCAUAUGUAACACCAAAUGAUGGAGUUCAGAUUGGAUUGGUUACAUUCUCCGUCCUUGUUUGCCUUCUUACACAGCGACAUUAAUUUUUAUUGUCAUUAAAAUAUUAA